CAUUUAGUCAGCUUGCGGUAGUGCGGGUGUAUGCGUAAAAAAAUCCCCGGUUGUAUUUACAGUUCAGUGUUUGUUGGUGUUUUUCCGAAAAAUUAGCGUUACUAGUGUGACAGUUCCGUAGUGAUCCCUUUAGGUCCCUUCGGAUCCAGGCACUCGCGGCCAUGCUUCUAGGAUCCUUCUGCUUCGUGCUGUUCGCGCUAGGUGUCAGUGCCGACGAUGACACAACGGCCGGUCCAGUUUUCCUCAAGGAACCCCCCAAUCGCGUCGACUUCUCCAACACCACCGGCGCCGUAGUCGAAUGCAGUGCCCGCGGGAAUCCCCCGCCCGAUAUUAUUUGGGUGCGCGCAGACGGAUCAGCUGUAGGCGAUGUUCCUGGUCUUCGACAAGUCUUGGCCAAUGGUAAUCUGGUAUUUCCUCCGUUUAGAGCGGAGGAUUACAGACAGGAAGUCCACGCUCAGGUGUACGCUUGUCUCGCUAAGAACACCGAAGGAUCUAUUCAUUCGAGAGAUGUCAACGUGAGAGCAGUGGUGAACCAAUACUACGAAGCCCAGGUAUACGACGUGUUUGUUAUAAAAGGUAACACGGCUGUUUUCAAGUGUCAAAUACCUUCAUUCGUAUCGGACCACGUGGAAAUAACUUCUUGGCAAGAUACGGCCAAUAACAGCUAUUUACCACCAACUAAUGAUUAUGACAGCAAAUACUUGGUUCUUCCAUCUGGAGAAUUGCACAUUAAGGACGUCGGACCUGAAGAUGGAUACAAAUCGUAUCAGUGUAGGACGAAACACAGAUUGACCGGAGAAACAAGACUCAGUGCUACCAAAGGACGACUUGUCAUAACUGAACCAAUAACUGGAGUAGCUCCGAAAGUUAAAGAUAUGGAUGUAGCAAGUUUAAAGAAAGAACUUCCUUUAAAAUCCUUAGUACCAUUGGCAUGUAAUGCGCAAGGAUAUCCUUCGCCUUCAUUCAGGUGGUACAAGUUUACAGAAGGAACUAAUCGUAAGCAGGCCGUAGUGUUGAAUGACAGAGUGAAGCAGGUAGCAGGAACACUCAUCAUCCGUGAAGCCAAAGUUGAAGAUUCUGGUAAAUACCUGUGCGUCGUCAAUAACUCCGUUGGUGGUGAAAGUGUAGAGACAGUUUUGACAGUAACCGCUCCUUUGAAGGCUAAAGUUGAUCCACCUGUACAGACAAUUGAUUUUGGCAGGCCUGCUGUUUUCACUUGCAAAUUUGAAGGAAACCCGAUCAAGACAAUCAGCUGGCUAAAAGACGGCAACCCGAUAGACCACAGCGAUCCCGUCCUCAAAAUCGAAGCAGUCCGCAAAGAAGACAAAGGAAUGUACCAGUGCUUUAUCAGGAACGAUCAAGAGAACGCAGAAGCAACGGCAGAACUAAAACUAGGAGGUAGAUUCGAACCGCCUCAGAUCAGGCACGCUUUCAACGAAGAAACAGUCCAACCGGGCAAUUCCGUCUUCAUGAAAUGCAUAGCGUCUGGGAAUCCCACGCCAGAAAUCACCUGGGAGUUGUACGGAAGAAGAUUAGCGAACAGUGAUGUGUACCAAAUCGGGCAGUAUGUUACUGUGAACGGUGAUGUUGUGUCUCAUUUAAAUAUAAGUGCGAUUCAUACCAACGACGGCGGGUUAUAUAGGUGCGUUGCUAGCAGCAAAGUUGGUUCGGCAGAUCAUUCAGCAAGGAUAAAUGUGUAUGGGCUACCAUUCGUGAGGUCUAUGGAAAAGCAGGCUAUUGUUGCUGGAGGUACUCUAAUUGUACACUGUCCAUUCGCUGGGCAUCCUGUAGAGGCUGUCGUUUGGGAACGAGAUGGAAGACUGCUGCCCAUUAACAGAAAACAGAAGGUGUUUCCGAAUGGUACUUUGAUCAUAGAAAAUGUUGAAAGAGCAUCAGACCAAGCCACUUACGUAUGCGUAGCGAAAAAUUCUCAGGGUUAUAGCGCUAGAGGAUCAUUAGAAGUCCAAGUUAUGGUUUUACCCCAUAUUACACCUUUCGAUUUUGAAGAAGAAGCCAACACAGGAGACAGCGUCCAACUCACUUGUUACGUCAGCAAAGGCGAUUUACCUUUAAAUAUAACGUGGCUUCUUAACGGAGAAGAAAUAAAAAGUCACUUGGGAGUAAAUACCAUUUUUAUCGGGAGUAAAACUAAUUUGUUGACCAUUAAUGCAGCCCAACCUGACCAUGCCGGGAAUUAUACCUGCAAAGCUUCUAAUAAGGGCGGAGAUGCUACUCAUACUGCUGAGUUGUUCAUUAAUGUUCCACCAAGAUGGAUUUUGGAACCGACUGAUAAAGCAUUUGCUCAAGGUUCUGAUGCUGUUGUUGAAUGUAAAGCUGAUGGAUUUCCCAAGCCCAUAGUUACAUGGAAAAGGGCUACUGGUGUAUCCCCUGGAGAUUAUAAAGACUUUAAACCUAAUAACCCUGAUAUAAAAGUCGAAGAUGGAACUUUAACUAUAAAUAACAUUCAAAAAACUAAUGAAGGCUAUUACCUUUGCGAAGCUGUCAAUGGAAUUGGCUCAGGAUUGUCAGCUGUUAUCCUAAUCAGCGUACAAGCUCCACCGCAAUUUGACGUUAAAUAUCGCAACCAAACUUCGAGAAGAGGUGACCCCGCGGUACUCCAAUGCGAAGCAAAAGGCGAAAAACCAAUAGGCAUUAUAUGGAACAUCAACAACAAAAGACUUGAACCCAAAGGCGAUAACAGAUACACCAUCAGAGAACAAAUAUUGCCAAACGGUGUUUUAUCAGAUUUGAGCAUCAAACGCACAGAAAGAGGGGAUUCAGCCAUAUUUACAUGUGUAGCUACAAAUGCAUUCGGUAGUGAUGAUACUAAUAUUAAUAUGAUUAUACAAGAGGUUCCUGAAGUACCAUACGGGCUGAAGGUUUUGGAUAAAUCUGGUAAAACUGUUCAACUAUCUUGGGUGUCGCCUUAUGAUGGAAAUUCUCCUAUUAAGAAAUUCCUAAUCGAAUACAAACCAAGCAAGGGAAGUUGGGACAAAAAUUCCGAACGGGUGCUUAUUCCUGGCGACCAAACAGAAGCGGGAAUCUUUACGUUACGCCCAGCUACUACAUACCACAUUAGAAUUAUAGCAGAAAACGAUAUUGGAUCCAGCGAUCCUUCAGAUACUGUUACCAUAAUUACCGCUGAAGAAGUUCCAAGCGGGCCACCUACUAAUAUUAAAGUUGAAGCCGAAGAUCAACAUUCUAUAAUUGUUUACUGGAAACCCCCAUUGAGGGACCAUUGGAACGGAGACAUACAGGGUUAUUACAUUGGUUAUAAACUAGCAAAUACCGAUAAGCCUUACUUAUUCGAGACUGUUGAAAUUCAAAGAGAAGAUGAGGCUAAGGAACACAACUUAAAGAUUACUAACCUGAAAACCUACACUCAAUAUUCUGUGAUAUUACAAGCAUUUAAUAAAGUUGGAGCUGGUCCAACAUCUGAAGAAAUCAAAGCCAACACUGCAGAAGGAGUUCCAGAACAACCACCAGAAAAAGCAACUUGUACUACACUCACUGCUCAAACUAUCAGGGUUUCUUGGGUAUCGCCACCUUUGACAUCCGCCAACGGUGUUAUCAAGGGCUACAAAGUUAUAUACGGACCUUCAGAUUCUUGGUUUGACGAAAAAACCAAAGACACAAAAAUAACUGCUUCAAGUGAAACUAUACUGCAUGGUUUAAAGAAAUACACAAAUUACAGCAUGGAAGUGUUGGCCUACACCUCAGGAGGAGAUGGAGUAAGAACGACGCCAAUUCAUUGUCAAACCGAACAAGAUGCACCAGAAGCACCAACUGCUGUCAAAGCUUUAGUUAUGUCAGCCGAUUCAAUUUUAGUGAGUUGGAAACCACCAAUCGAACCAAAUGGCAUUAUCGAAUAUUACAUGGUAUAUUACAAAGAGACUGGUAAUAAUGAUGACAAACCCAAAUCGCAGAAGAUCGUUCCCAACUUGCGAAACCAAAACUUAAGUUACCAAGCUAAAAAUUUAGAUAGCAAUCUUAAAUACGAAUUUUGGGUGACAGCCGCAACAACCAUUGGAGAAGGUCAGGCUUCAAAGAAAGUUACAGUGUCGCCUAGCACAAGUGUUCCCGCCAAGAUAGCAUCAUUUGACGACACAUUUACCACCACCUAUAAAGAAGAUGUAACAUUACCAUGUUUGGCAGUGGGUGUACCAACACCAGUAAUCACGUGGACCAUUAAAGGAGUGAAAUUUUCGGCUAAUACUAAUGAUAGAGUACGUCAACAUCCUGAUGGAUCAUUAUUUAUUAGAGACAUCACUCGUACUGAUGCUGGAGAGUAUUCAUGCAAGGUCGAAAAUGAUUAUGGUCAAGAUUUCGUUACUCAUCACCUUAUAGUCAACGCACCACCAAACGCUCCGAUAGUUCAAUUGACUGCAACCACUACAAACUCUUUGACAAUCAAACUCAAACCUCACGAAACUGAUGGAGAACCAAUUCACGGUUACACCAUUCACUAUAAACCUGAAUUUGGAGAUUGGGAGACGAUACAAGUUGGACCGCAUGUGGAUAAACAUACCAUUGAGAAGUUGUUGUGUGGUACAAGGUACCAAUUGUACGUUACCGCGUAUAAUAGCAUUGGAACAGGAGACCAAUCGGACAAUUUGAAUCCCAAAACUAAAGGAGAGAAACCUAUCAUUCCCAGUGCUGAUAAGUUCAUAGAAGUAUCUUCCAACAGUAUUACAUUGCAUUUAAACGCAUGGUCGGAUGGAGGUUGUCCAAUGUUGUAUUUCGUCAUAGAACAGAAGAAAAAGACAAGCACAGAAUGGAUCCAGGUAUCUAAUCAUGUGAAGCCAGGCGGUAAUUUUGUACUUCUCGAUUUAGACCCAGCUCAGUGGUACCAUUUGAGGGUGACGGCUCAUAAUAAUGCUGGAUUUAAUGUGGCUGAAUAUGAGUUUGCUACACUUACUGUUACAGGAGGUACUAUUGCCCCGGCUCGUGAAAUUCCCAAAGAGGACACCAUACAAAUAAUCCUUGCGAACCUUAACCUUGUAGUUCCCGUAGUGGCUGCCGUCUUGGUCAUAAUCGUAGCCAUAAUUGUGAUCUGUGUGUUGCGUGGAAAAGGAAACUAUAAUAAAGAUGACGUCGUUUACAAUCAAUCCUGUAACGCCACCAAUACGUUGGACAAACGUCGCCCAGACCUCAGGGACGAAUUAGGAUACAUAGCACCGCCAAAUAGGAAACUGCCACCAGUACCAGGCUCAAAUUACAACACGUGCGAUCGUAUUAAAAGAGGAGCACAUUAUCGUUCUCACUCGACAUGGGACCCAAGACGUCAUUUGUACGAAGAACUGAGAAGCAGGAGGGGCUCUAAUGAGACUGUCCAUACUCAUAGAGGCAUGGACGAUGAAAUUUGUCCGUACGCAACAUUCCAUCUACUAGGAUUUAGAGAAGAAAUGGACCCAUCGAAAGCUCUGCAGUUCCAAACCUUCCCACAUCCCCAUUCAGGAACAAUAGGGCCAUCUGGAAUGACCACGCCACAUGGGCUACACUCAAGAAACGGUUCUCAAUCGAUGCCGCGCCAAAACAGGAACAGAUAUGACAGAGUUGGUUCUCAAGGAAACGGCAGCAUUUACUCUCCCGGUCCCGAAUACGACGACCCGGCAAACUGUGCUCCGGAAGACGAACAAUACGGAUCCCAAUAUGGCGGCUACGGUGCCCCGUAUGAUCAGUACGGUAGCCGGGGUUCUAUCGGUCGUCGCUCAUUGGGUUCCUUGAGAAUCCCGCCAAACAACGGCAGCCCCGAACCACCACCGCCUCCACCAAGGAACCAUGAUCCCUCUUUCAACGAUUCGAAAGACAGCAACGAAAUUUCGGAGGCUGAAUGCGACAGGGAUCAAUUGAUAAACAAUCGAACCUACGGUGUAAUGAGAGGUAGCUCUAAGGAUGGCAUGACCCAUGAAGAAAUGCGCAAACUGAUUGAGAGAAACGAAACAGGGCAAGCCUGCACAACAACAAACGGGGGACUCUCAGCCUACGAUACUGUGGCAGUGUAACCUGUAAAGGAAGAAAAGUCUCGACCAAUUCUUUUCCGAAGAUCACAUUAGAAUUAUUUCUCGCCAUUAAUGGAAACCAAAAUAUUAAUUUAUUUUACGCCUUCGGCUAACGAAGUUGUAACGAUUCGACGUUUUGUCAGCAUUGAAUACUCACUUUAUAAAAAAAUUCGAGACUGAUUGUUUACAUUGAUCUUUUUCAUUAAAUUAGCACAAAAAAGUAAUUUUUUUAGUAAUAAUAAUAAUACCUAGUUAUGACACGUAUUGUGAGUAUUUACUGUAUACCUUUUUGUUUUCGAUUAAUUUUUUUGUACCAAAUCUUUACUAUUAAGUUUCAUUUAGGGCCUGAUGAGCCGCAUAUAUACGAAAACGUACACAUUCUGCCAAUAUUUUGGUAUUUUCGAAAGAAUCUCGGUCUUUUUGUACAGUGGCUCAAUGUGUCAUGUGAUAUUUUGUGGUUUGUGAAUGGUUAUUGGGUUACAAAUGGGUGAAAGUUCGAUUUUUUUCCAGUCUACAGUUGGUGCCAAAAUUGGAAAUAGCGAAUAAUCACGAAAUCAAUCAUCAUACUGUAGAUAUUUUUUUUUCUAAAAACAUAGUUUAGCUUAUUAAUUCGAUUAUGCGUACGUUAGGUUGUUUUUUUCUGUUUUUUGAAUAGUUUGUAGUUAAGUUGGCGAUAUUAUUUAGUUAUUUUUUCAUUGUAAAAGUGUUUGAAGGUUGUGCGUCGCCAUCUUGUAAUUAUACAAAUGCUGUGGCAAAAAUUUAUAUAGAGCUGUAAGAUGGGGGUGAUUUGGCAGUUGCUGUUCCAGUCCAUAUAGCUAUUUUUGUCGGUUUCGCUUUUAUUUGUAGUAUAAUUAUUUGGCACCUGUCCUUUUUAUGAUACAAUUUGAUCAAACAAGAUCGAAUACUUUUUUAAAAACUUAGUCACAAAAUAUAAACGGCAGCGACAUAAUAAUCUUUAUACAAUGUAAGUAUAUGAUGUGUAGAUAUGCAGCAUUGUUAAAAAAUAGAUGAAAUAAACGUACAAACUAUCAAUUUGUAAAAAGCUUUCACUGGAAAGACAGUAAGAUAAUUGUAGAACAAUUUUAUACAACUUAAUUGCUGCGUUUGAAAAGUACCUCGUUUUGCUUUUUUUACUCGAUACCGCCCUUUUUGCUCCAUUAAUAUGGUUUGCUCUAUGUCACGUGACCAAAAAAUCUACUCGCUCUGCUCGAUGAAGUACAUUUCAAACGUAGCAAAUGUUGUGCAAGAUAUCGAAUAACAAUCGUAAAAAAGAUUCAAUGUGAUAAAUAUAUAAAUAAAAUUUUUAUUUGGAAUAGAAUCCUAUCAUUUUCAAUUUAGCAUUCUCUUGUUAAAUAAAAAGUCCCCACUUUUAGGCUUCCAACUAAAGUCAUAGAUAAAUUAAUUUCAUUUUUUUCAAUCUUUUGAUGUACAAUCUUUUUGCUUCCGUCUCAGAAUUUGAUACAGUGCAGGGUGUCAUUUCAAAUCGACUAUAUCAUUAUUAUUAUUAGCGUUAUUAUAAAGAAGACGGUGCCAAACGGGUACACUAUAGUUUUUAAGCUGUCAAAUACCACUCAUCUAUAUUUUUUUCUUAGAUAAAAAUAUGUAUAAUGUUAAAUUACUUGAUUUGCGAAAUUUAUGAAUAUAUCAAUGUCUUUAAAUUUAUUGCAUGUGAAACUAAUUGUAGCUGUUCGAUAUAGUUACUCAAGAGUUAAAAUUAAGAAGACAUAGAAGGCAAGAUCAUUUAAAAAAUAUAAAUAUUCAUAAUAUUAUCAAUCCGGCAUUAUUAUAUUGAUAUUCAAAAGAAAGCUUUUCUGCAGUAAAAGUAAGGUAUCAGUAGAUUUAGUCGUAUUCUAAACGAGAUUACUGUUCUCUUGGCAUUUUAGACUCGAUUUUUGUUUUUGCAGUAAUCCUAGUGGAAGUGGCCGGUUAAUUUAAAUUGAAUUUUCUAUUUACAAUAGUCAAAAAAUGGGCACUUUAAAUGUUACUACAAAUGAGUUAAUAAAUAAAUAGUUAAGUGACUCACUAUUUUUCACUAAAAGAAGUCUAAGGUCAUAAUUUUCUGUUACAGUUAACUUGAGGAUGACCAUGUUCUAACUGUCAGACAGUAAACAGCAACUAUUUUCGUCUGUUAAGGACAUUAACAUUUCGCGACUGAAGAUUCAAGUUGGCCCAUUUAUCAUCUACUUUCUAUUAUAAAGUUUGUUUUUGAGCUGUUCAAUAUAUAAUUAGAUGAUGUUCAAAUUAAAUUACUCACUUUUCUAAUAUUUCCAGUGUUGUAAAACAACGGUAUUAAUGUUAAAGAUUGAUGAUUCAAGAGUAGAAAAAAAUAUCAGUUUAAUAAGUCAUUCAUCUUGAAUUCAAAUUUAUUAUAAUUUUUAAGGUAAAAUGUUGUGACAUCUCGACUGUAGAAGUACGUUACAAUAAAUAUUACUGUAAUCGCAAGAACAUGAAACAUGAGUUGAAAUUAUUUGGUAAAGUUUAGUUUUUAACCGGUCACACUGCUACUAAUUCAUAAUAGCUUAAUUUUAUGAAAUGUACAGUGCCUACAACAAUACAUUUAUCGCACGUGACUAAAUUGAUAUCAUCAGUUGGCUAAAAAUAACAUUAUAUAAUAAUUUCAGUAGUAACCCUAAAACAAUGUUACUAACAUUUGACAGAACUGAUAGUAAGUUCACUAAGAAAAGCCAUUUUCAUUAAAUUCUUGUUUCAUCGGAUCACGUGGGGUACACAAGUGUUGUUGAAGACUCGUUAUAUUUAAUUGGUCGUACCUAUAUAACCUCGAUAUAAUUUAUAUAAACAGUUGUUUUUAGUAAUCAACAUUCAAGUUCCUAAAUAGUUUGCAAAUUUUAGCUGACAUAGAUCUGCUGUAUAAUUAUUUGUCAUUUUUUUGUUUAUUAUUCACUAGUCAACCAAUCAAUUAGUUAACUAACUUGCUGUUUUAAGAAAAGUGGCAAAUAAAUAUUUUCUUUUUGUGAUAAUGGUUUGAAAUGCCGUUUAAUAAGUGUAUUGUAAGUGUGCUAUAUAUCCAUUAGAUUAAGAUAAAAAUAUUAAGGAUGUAAAAUUAGAUUAAGGCUCUUUUCAAAUACUUUCUAUUUUGAAAAUAAUUUGUUUUUCUUGUGACUCAGAUUUAUUUGAUUGUUAAUUGGGAUACUUUUUGUAUCUAAAAAUGGAUUUAUACAAUUGAAAUAUUGCUAUAUCUCCCAAAUCUUUGGUUUGUGUCACCAAGAAUUUGUGAGAGCAAUACAUUUCAAUUAAUACGUGACCACCCUGUAUAUCAAACUCCCUAGUAUCAUCCAUUGUCAUUGUGUGUAGGAAAAUAAUAUCGCUGAUCAAUAUACUUCCUUGUCUCACUCCUACAUUUUAAAAAUGAUUAAUUUUUUUGAAGACAUGUGAUGAUCUUGUUGAUAUUUAUUUAUAUAUUUUUUAAACUAUCUUUAUUUGAAAAGAGUCAAAAUUUAAUGAACACAUCCUUCCUUACCAUUUAAAUAACUUGUAGUAAUACUCCAAUGAUCUAUUGAUUUCGAUAAUAAUGAUAAUCUUAUAUACUAAUCCUUUUGUAUACAAUUUUUCCGAUUUAAAUUUUAUAUUUACUAUUAAUUAAUUUCUUUUGGAUUGUAGCGUUGAGAAGAUUUCGAGUGUGUUUUAUACAAGAUUGCCAUUUUGACACUCUUAAUUUCUAAAUGCUUGUAUACCAAAGUUUUGGUUAAAUAUACAUAAAUA